GUUAUACUAGGCAAUUGCAAAUUGCUGAUUGUUUGUGCUAUUAUUGUCUAUUUCAACAGCAUUUGGCAACUGCGCCCUUGUAUUUAUUUACAUUCAACCUGCACAUGUAAGUGGGCGGCGAACAUUACAACAUAGGAAAACCAAGAUGAUGUGCAGUACUUUUGAACUGCUUUACAAAAUGAUUGUAAAGAUUGUAUUUGUAUGCAUAAUUUGCGGCCUAACACACGCCUCUAAUAAUGGAAACAGUCUUACGGAAAGCCACAGUUUCUCAAUUGAUUACGCAAAUAAUCAGUUCGUCAAAGAUGGAAAACCCUUUCGAUAUGUUUCUGGAGCCAUGCACUAUUUUCGUGUUCCAGUCCAUUAUUGGCCUGAUCGGAUGAAAAAAAUGAGGGCUGCUGGAUUGAAUGCAUUGGAAACGUAUGUGGAAUGGGUGUCACAUGAACCACAACCAGGGUCAUAUGUGUUUGAGGGGAAUUUAGAUAUUGAAUCCUAUUUCCGUUUGGCUCAGAAUUUCAACCUUAGUGUAAUCCUGAGGCCAGGCCCAUUCAUUGAUGCUGAAAGAGAUAUGGGGGGUUUACCAUUCUGGCUCAUGACAGUUGAUCCUUCCAUCAAGUUGCGCACAAUGGAUAAAAGUUACGUGUCCCGCGUUGAGAAAUGGUUUUCUGUGCUACUUCCUAGAAUCAAACCUUACCUCUAUAACAAUGGAGGUCCAAUUAUCACUGUUCAAGUAGAAAACGAAUAUGGUAGCUAUUCGGCAUGCGACAGAGACUACACAAAUUGGCUGAGAGAUCUAAUUCGAAAACAUCUCGGCAAUAAUGUUGUGCUCUUCUCUACUGAUGGCGAUGGCGAUGGUUAUCUCCAGUGUGGAAAAAUACCCGGAGUUUAUGCAACUGUAGAUUUUGGCGCUGGUGCAAAUGCACAGGAAGCUUUUAAGCCGCAACGUCAUUUUGAGCUUGGCGGCCCAAGAGUGAAUUCUGAGUUCUACCCUGGAUGGUUAGAUUUGUGGGGAGAACCACAUUCGAAGGUUGACAAACAAGAUGUGGCUAAAACGCUGGACGAUAUGCUUGCGCUGAAUGCAUCAGUUUCAAUGUACAUGUUUCACGGAGGAACCUCGUUCGGAUUUACCUCAGGUGCAUUACCUUCCAAUACCUACACACCUUGCAUUACGUCGUACGACUAUGAUGCGCCAUUAAGCGAAGCUGGAGAUCCAACUGAAAAAUAUUUUAGCAUAAGGGAUGUAAUAUCCAAGUACUUGCCUUUACCAGAUUUUCCGUCUCCUGUUCCGAAUGCUAAGGCAGCCUAUGGAUUUGUCCAUUUGCAUUACGUAGCAAAUCUGUGGGAUGUGUUGUCCACUCCAAUCGCUGGUCCUUUUGUGCGUUCUGUUCAUCCGUUGACGUUUGAAGCUUUAGGGCAAGCUAACGGCUACGUCUUAUACUGCACAAAGUUGCACGGCCAUUUUCCUGAUCCAGCUCUUUUGGAAAUGAAGGGCUUAGCCGAUCGGGCUUAUAUCUAUAUUGACAUGGAAUUUGUCGCAUUGUUAUCUCGAAGCGGAUCACUCUUUUCAAUUCCAGUCCAAGCCGCUGACAGCCAGAAACUCUGCAUUUUGGUAGAAAAUCAAGGAAGAAUCGCCUACGGUUCCGGUAUAAAAGACUUCAAGGGACUAACAAGCCAAGUGACAAUUAAUGGUCAAGUCCUGGUGGACUGGACUCAUCACCCUUUGCCUUUUAACGAGACGGCCAGAUUGGAUUGGCUGAACAAGCUUGAAAAAAAAAAGGCUUUCCCAGCCAAAGGAACUUUGUCUUUGUUCAGGGGAUCGUUUGCUAUCCGACGCAAUGAAUCCGAGAUGGCCGAUACUUAUCUUAGUUUAUCAGGAUGGCAUAAGGGCGUCGUAUUCUUGAACGGCGUUAAUCUUGGUCGUUACUGGCCGGUGCAAGGCCCACAAGUAACUCUCUAUGUUCCAAAAUACUUUCUACGAGCCUGGCCGUCGAAGAAUCGUCUGAUUAUCCUAGAACAGGAUUACUCACCUUGUAAUGAACAUGCACUGGAAUGCAUAGUCGAAUUUGUCGCAAAACCAGUUCUAGAUGGCGACACGCCCGCCAAGAAAAGCUCUAUCAAACUUUUUAAGAAGCACGUUUAAAAAGAACGCAAUUCCUUCGGUCAAAGUCAUUGCUGAAAUCAACGUUCCGGUUUGGGCAUUUGCGAGUUCAACCAAAAAUUUACUUCUGCCCUGGAUUAAAGUCAAAAGUUUUUGAUGCGUAAAGAUAAUGUAAAAAUUUAAAAACUAACUUUCUUAUCGUAGUGCUGUUCCUGGAUUUAUCCCAUAUCGUAAACUUUUAAAGAUUUUGUUUAAACGUGAAAAAUGCAAUGCACAGUUGAAAAUUUCA